AUGGCUGCAUCUCAAACUGGCCUUGAUGCUCUCCGUGCUAGGACUGUCGUGGAUUGCGAUACAAUGGAUGAGCAAGUUGCCAAAACUCUUGGUCCCUUCCAGGACUGUACCUCUAAUCAGGCCAUCGCAUACGGAGAGCUAUCCAAACCUGAGAAUGCAGCUUUAGUCGAGUCCUCUGUCGUAGCAGCAAAGGCAUUGUCUCAUCGUUUCUCGGGCAGCAGUGUCCCUGGACUAGCCACAGAAAUUGCGAUGGUUAAAUUAGCACUCAAGAUUGCACCCCACAUUCGAGGAUAUGUCCACAUCCAGACCGACCCUUAUCAAUCUUACUCAACUGAGAAGACAGUUGCCAAUGCAUUGAGAAUUGUUCAGCUAUUCCAGCAUCUGGAUCCCAAUUUCGACACCACUCGCAUCUGUAUCAAGAUCCCAAGCACUUGGGAAGGCUUGAUGGCCUGUCGAACCCUUGAAGCCGCAGGAGUACGCACCCUAGCAACAACACUGUUUACCUUCAUACAAGCUGCCAUUGCAGCAGAAGUCGGGUGCACCUACGUCGCGCCUUACGUUAACCAACUGCGAGUCCAUUUUGAGCCAGGGUUCGAGGAUCCAAACAAGCUCUUGCCACUCUGUGUUUCCAUCCAGAGAUACUACGAGUCCAUCGGCGCAAAGACGCAGGUUCUCCCGGCUAGUUUGACGUCUACAAAGGAAAUCUUUGCGCUUGCAGGUGUCCAGCAUAUCACCAUUGCUCCUGGUCUACUACAGCAGCUUUCCCAACCUGACUCUGCUCCCAACGUUGAGUCAUUGUUUGACUCCGCAUUACAAGCGCCAUCUCCUAAGGCGAUAUCGUAUGUAGGCAGGGAGUCGGUGUAUCGCAUCGGAUUUACGCGAUCUGAACGUGGAUCGAGCGAGGAGAAACUCACGCAGGCUAUUAAUAUCUUCUGCGAUAUGCAGGAUAAGCUAAUCAAGCUUAUGCUUGCGACUGCAAACCGACUUAACGGCACGGUGUAG